AUGGUGAAAUCAGAGAGGUUAAAAUUCUUUAGGUGUAAACAACCACAGUUGAGGAUUGAUAAAUACAAAUGUCUGCAUGAAAGUCUUAUAAACGGGGAUGUAGAUGCUGCAAGGCUUGGCAAAAGAAUCAUUCUUCCCAGUACUUUUACCGGUGGACCUAGAUAUGCAGGAUAUCCUAGCUAUUUUAUUACCAUUGGAUUGAAGGCAAAAGACCGUUCUGAUAUAUUGUGUCGAGUUUUCAAGAUCAAGCUUGAUGGUUUGAUUGAUGACCUAAAAGAGGGAAAAAUCUUUGGCAAAAUUUUGGUAUACAUUUGCACUGUAGAGUUUCAAAAGAGAGGGCUUCUGCAUGCACAUAUCCUUUUAUUCAUGAGUAACGAGUUCAAGCCACAAACACCAGAUGACAUAGACAAACAUAUAACAGCUGAGAUUUCUGAUGAAAAUGAAAGGCCAAAUCUACAUGGAGCUGUUCAAAAUUACAUGGUACAUGGUCCAUGUGAAUUGUUGCUCAAGUUUGGGUGCCACAUAAAUGUAGAAUACACAUGCCAAACAAGUUCUAUUAAGUAUCUGUUUAAGUAUGUACAUAAGGGUAAUGACCGCGUAACAGCUACUCUAUAUAAUGCUGGUGAUCCGUCAGAAGCCACACAAGUUGUUGACGAAAUUAGGAAUUACUGCUAUUGUAGAGCAAUAUCUCAUAAGUCCAUGUUUUUGGGAUGGAUGGCGGCGAACAUGUCAUAUCCCUAUGCUCGAAGUCUGACUUAUGCUGAAUUUCCAACCAAGUUUGUUUGGAAGGACGAUUCUUUAAAGUGGUUUCCUCGAAAGAAAUGUUUCGAAAUUGGAAGAUUGACUCAUGUACCUGCAGAGUUAACAAUGUCAGAUGAUGAGAUUAAGCAGUUGUGCUUAAUGGAUAUAGACAAGAUCUUAUAUUCCUAUGGUAAAAUCUUGAAAGGCUAUCCUCCUAUGCCUUUAGCAACUGAAGUUGAUAGUUCUUUGUUAACCGAAAGGGUUAUUAGGGAAGAGCUAAACUUUAACAGGGAUGAUUUAAAGAAAAAUGCCUCAGACAUGUUAGCCAUCGCAACACCUGAGCAGAGAUAUGCAUUCGAUAAAAUUGUUACAGCUGUGUAUUGGUGUUACAUGUAUUGUGAUGAAGGGGGCUUUUUCUUUAUGUAUGGUCAUGGGGGUACUGAAAAAACAUUUCUCUGGAACCUUAUGUCUGCUGAGAUUUGCUCAAGGGGUGAUAUAGUGUUAAACGUUGCUUCGAGUGGUAUUGCAUCUUUACUUCUUCCUAAUGGAAGAACGGCACACUCAAGGUUCAAAAUACCGCUGAAUAUAACUGAGGAUUCUGUAUGUAACAUCAAACUUGGUUCCCCUCAAGCAAUGUUGCUGUUGAAAGCCAGACUUAUAAUUUGGGAUGAGGCUCCAAUGGUUAGUAGGUACUGCUAUAAAGUACUUGAUAAAGGCUUGGGUGAUAUCAUGAGGUGUUCCCCAAUAUAUAGCAAAGAUUUGCCCUUUGGAGGAAAAAUGGUUGUAUUAGGUGGAGAAUUUAGACAAAUUCUUCCUGUCAUUCCACGAGAAUCGAGACAAGAUAUUGUUCAUUCAACUGUGAAUUCGUCCUACCUUUGGAAGUUUUGUCAGGUGCUCAAACUAACAAAAAACAUGAGACUCUCUGUAGGGAUGACUGCUUCAGAUCAAGAUGAGACAGAGCAAUUUGGUGAGUGGUUAUUGAAAGUUGGUGAUGGUCUAAUAGGUGACAAUAUGGAUGGUGAAUCUGAGAUAUGUCUUCCAAGAGAUAUUGUUAUUCCUUCUUUGGACCAGGCAUUUGAUGAGUUAGUUCAUUUUUUCUUAUCCAAAUAUUUUGGAAAACAUGUCCUCAAAGGAUUUUUUCAAAGCAAGAACUAUACUGGCUCCCACACUAGACAUCGUUGA